CGUGAGCCACCGCGCCCGGCCGGCAGCAACCUCUUUAAUGGACUGCUGGGUACGUGUCUAAAGCACGAGAACACCCAGGGAGCCUCCGGGGCACCGGAAUCGGCGCGGAAACGCAGGACGCGAACCGCAUUUCGCACUGUUAGCUGCAGGCUGACAGUGACCGCCGCCGUCACCGCGUGUUUAAGGGAAUCCAGAGCCGUUUCCAACCCGGGUCUGACGUCCUUCGCGGUGCUUUGUGUGAACCGGCGCGGGGAGGAGGGCGGGCUGGGGAAGGAACCGGCUCGUUCUUCCCAUCAGCGGCCUCAGAAGCAUCCGGACCACCUGCUUCCAGAGCUCCCGACCCAAAUCUCCUCCGCGAGACCGACGCGGCCGCGACGCUGCAGAAGCUCGUCCCGGCCUCACCUGACUCGCAGCCGCGGGUCCCCCGGGAAGGCGGCGCAGCAGGCUCGGGGUCGCCUCGCCUGCGGCGUUUGGCUUUUGUCCCGCGCCGACGUUCCGGCCCAGCAGUGCGCUCGGGAGCUCCAGGCCGCGCCUCGGGGACAAAGGCGCGCGGAGCCGACGUGCAGGGUUCACCCAGGCCCGGACGGCCAGACGAGGAAGCGCGCCUGGACGCUGGAGGCGGGAGGCCAGAGGCUGGCGGCUGGUGGGAGGGCCGAGGGCAAGGAGGGCGCAAAGCCGGGGCGGAAAGUGCAGGUGCAGGACCCGCCCUGGCGCCGCCUCUCCCCGCCGGCUCUCCCAACCCCCGAGCCCAGUAACUACGGCGGCCCCACAGCCCGAGCGAAGGCCUCACCUCAGCCGCGGACAAUGGCGGCGGCUUCCCCGGCGUUGACCGGGGCGCACCGCGAGGGCUGCUGGGAGCUGUAG